CCGACUCCGUCGGUAUCAAUCAAAGUAUGUGGCGUGCGUGUCGUGUUGCGGCGCUCCGUCAACUGCGCAUCGAAGCGACUCGGGUGUCCGUCGCCCGUGCACCUCUGGCGCUACAGCAACUUGGUGGUGUGAACUCCUACUUCACCAAUAUCGCUGGCGUGGACCGCGAGGUGCUACUCACUCGCUCGACGCGCGACCUCCGCAAUGAGCUCGGAGAUGCGCAAAUUGGCACGGUAGUCAAGGCACUCAAGGGCGAACUGUCCGACGCCAUGGCCCGCGAAGACGUAACCAGUGAUGAGAUCAUCGAUUUGUUCAUGGUGGCGCAGAAGACACGCGCCAUCUCCGUCAUGGUGGACGCCUUCGAGUUCCUCGAUGCCAAUUAUCCGGCACACAUCAACUUUUCAGUGUAUGGCGAGAUAUUCCGCAUCUUGGCACGCAAGAACAACUCCAAGCGCCUUAUUGAGAUCUACGAGACUGCCAAACCACGCUUCCGGGCGGUGCCUGAGAUCAUUUACCGCUUCGGCAUUGUCGGGUUUUUGCAAAACAACGACAUGGACAAAGCUGUCGAGAUCUGGCAGGAAAUGACUGAGGAUGGCCACGAAACGACCAACGAGAUCACGUCGAGACUCAUGAUGGCAUUUGCCCGGAAGGGAGACACUGAUAAGGUGCAGGAACUGUACAACUCGGUGGACCCGCAGAUCGGCUUCUGGCACGAGUCUUGCAUUGACCGUGUGAUCCUCAGUAUGGGCAUCAUCGAGCAGCCUGCCAAGUCCUUCGAGUUCUACAGCAACUCGAGCAUGAAGCUAAGCGGCGGCACGUUGAUCGCUCUUCUAAGUGUUUGCAAAAGCAACAACUGCAAGCAACAGGCUUCAGAUAUCCUAGCGAACCGCAAAAAGUUCGAUCUGUUUCUGGAUGCUCGUGGCUACAACCGCAUCAUGAUGACGCUGGAAUUCCUCGACCGCAACAGUGAGAUUAAGGAUAUUUUGGAGGAGAUGGUCGAGAACAACGUGCGUUUUGACACCCGAACGAACAAUAUCAUCGAGCGUAACGCUGAGUUCCUCAAGGAUACGAGCUUCGUGGCUGAUUCCAACAAGAGUAAGACCGCAGGCUUCACGUUAAGUCCUCGAAUCCGUGAGAUGCUUGCUCAAGGCAACACAAAAGAUGCAGCGGACUUGGUCGAUUCCAUUGCGAAACCUGUGGAACAGUCGCAAGUGCCGGAAGAUUUUGAAGGCGAAAUUCCUCAAGACGCUUUGCUUGUGAGUCCUUCAGUGGCUAGAGACGCUGUGCGCGUGUACAUCCAGACGAACGAGGACGACAAGGUGGCUGCUUUGGUCAAGGGUUUCUCCGUGGUUCGUGGUAAAUACGCCUAUGCUCUGGCUGAAGUGGUCACGCAUUACCUGAAGCUACGAAACAAGACGGGAGACGAACUUGGGUAUGCUGCGAGCAAGGCAAUGCUGUUCCAAGGUGUUCAGGUUUACCGCGUGGACGACACACUGCGACUUUUCCGUCGCUUUCAUGACCCAGAUGCUGCUGUGGAGCUGUUCCAACAGGUACUAGCUUCAUAUUGGGGAAAAGAUGGCAGAAAUGCGCCCAUGACUGUGACGAAUGAUGUCGACGGGACGGAGGAGCAACAAUCCAGGCCGUAUUACGUGAAUUUCAACAUUGGCAAGGUGGGUAACAUGGUUCUGCAAAUACUGGUGGAGAAUGGCCGAGUGGAGGAAGCUUUGGAUACUUUGAAAAUGAUGGAGAGUCGUGGCUUGGACGCAAACCAAGGCAACUACGUCACAAUUCUCAGCUCGAUGCGCAAACACCUGCGAAACUCGAAGAACUCCGAGAACCGAGAUGUGAAAUACGACAUCAACGAUGUUCAGAUGGUGCUUCAAGACCUCAGGAGUCGAAACAUGAAGGUGAUCAGAGCUAUCGUGGGUUAUCUGUGUCCUGCUUACGUCGGAGCCAACAAACAGCAGCGACUGGAAUUGCUCGAGGCUUUUGCUGAAGCCCAGAGCGAUCCUAAUGACAGCUACAUCUUGCCACAUUUGUGCUAUGAAACCCUGCUGAACUUUAUGGCGGAAGAGGGCGACAUGGCGGAGGUUAGAGAGCUGUACGAGGAAGCUGUGGCAUCUUUGAGUGACAAGGAGACAUUGGGCGUCCCACGUGGCUGGGUGACUAUCUUGGUCUCGAAGCUGGCCAAGGAUGGCAACAUCGAAGAAGCCGAGCAGAUUACGAAGAAGAUGCUCGAGGAGUGCGGUGGCUACACGUUCCGAGCGGUGGUAUCGGUGCUGCGUGGAGCUAUUGAAGCUCAGAAGCCUGAAACCAUCGACAACAUGAUAGCGCUGCUUGAAGACCGUGACUUUGUUAUCGGACUGCCAGCUGCCUACGAGUUGGUGCACGUGGCUCGAGAAAAGGACCUCUCACUAAAGGCUCUGGACAUCAUUCGUCUCUUUGAAAAAGGCAACUUGAAGGAGGUGGCCCCUGCUGAGGAUGGCAAGGGCAACCUGGAAGCAGCUUUCUUCCGACGUCAACGCGGCGACGUCCACGCACUCCGGAAGGUGAAGACGAUGUACAACGUGGCGUUGAAGACGUGCGAGAAGCAGGGUCUCUGGAAGCAGGCGCUGUUAUUGCGUGACCGAAUGACCACACUGUUCGGACAAGAGGCCAUGGACGAGAUCACUAUGAGUCAGAAUGGCUCGACGAGGAAGCACCGCGAACGCAAAGAGAAGCAGUCCGCCGACCAAGAGUAG